CAGUCUGCAGGAUAUCAGACGACAGAAGCUGUCUGUCGAACAUGUUCACUCUGGAAAACACUACAAUGGGAAGAAACAACAAGAAGGAUGGAUAAAUUAAGUGUUGUUACCCCGCCAACUUCGUUUACGUGGAUUGGCUGAUAUUUAACAAAGAUAAUUACGCACUGAGCAGCAAAUUAACUAGGCUUUAUUGAUGUUGACUGGAAGCAAGCAUAUGAUGCUGCCCUGGAAGAAGAAUAAGUUCGACCUGAUCGAGGAAGACAAGCAGUCCAAGCAGCAGAAGGGCUAUGCCGUGAGCCUCAACUACUCGGCGCUCACCUCCUUCGCUAAGUCGUGCCCGGAGAGCGCCCUCAACCGGGUGGGCAGCAUGUUCAAGUCCAAGAGGAAAAAGGUGAAGAUCACCAGCGAGGACCCCACUUACACGGUGCUGUACCUGGGCAACGCGACCACAAUCCAAUCCAAGGGAGAGGGCUGCACGGACGUUGCUGUGAGCAAGAUCUGGGGCAAGAGCGAGAUGGGCAAGAACGGCACCAAGAUGAAGCUGACGGUGAGCUCGCAGGGCAUCCGUAUGGUGCACGUGGACGACAAGGCACGGAGACCUGGACAUUUGUAUCUGCUUCACCGGAUAACGUAUUGCGUGGCCGACCCGAGGCUACCCAGGAUCUUCGCGUGGGUGUACAGGCACGAGAUGAAGCACAAGGCAGUGAUGCUGAGGUGCCACGCGGUGCUGGUGUCCAAGCCGGAGAAGGCGAAGGCCAUGGCGCUGCUCCUGUACCAGACCUCGGCCACGGCCCUGGCCGAGUUCAAGAGACUGAAGCGCCGGGACGACGCCAGGCACCAGCAGCAGCAGCUGAUCGGGGAGCAGACCAUCCCACUGGUGCCCCUGCGGAAGCUUCUGAACGGACAGUGUUACUACAAACCCCCGGUGGAGCGCAGUCGGAGCGCGCCAAAGCUGGGCUCCAUCACGGAGGACUUGGUGGGCGAAGAGGAGGAGGAGAAGGCGAUGCAUUUUGAGUGCGAGGACAUUCUGGACACGGAGGAUGAUUGCGUGGACAAUGGCAAACAGGAGUUGUCGCAGAUGAUCAACGACCUGGGGGAGAUGUGCAUAGGGAACGACGUGCAAACACUGAAGGCUGACCUGCGGGUCACCAGGCUGCUGUCCGGGGAGAGCACGGGCAGCGAGUCGUCGAUAGAGAGCAACCAGGAGACGAACCAUUUCACGCAUGGAUUCGAGGAGUCAAAGGUCCACGAAAUUGCGUAAAAAGAGACUUGGGCUACCCGUUUAUGGAGACAUUUGAGUCUCCGUGAUGACAUUUUCGUUUGUUGCUUUUCCACUAUGUUCUGUGCCUCGACAACUUGAAGAAAAGGAUCAAAGACCUGAAUGGUCAAUAACCAGCAGUUAAACACAGUGCAUGUCUGUUCGAGAGAUUACGGAUGAAACCCAUAUAUGGGCGCGUCCGUUGCGUGCGUCUGCUCUACACUAAUUCCACCUCUUUUAAUUAAGAGGAUUUGUAUUAGGUUAAAACUUGUUUACCCAACCUGGCUCUCUGGUAGCAACGUUGAUAUUGUGUUCAAUGACUCAAACCCUCAACUUCAAUCAAGACACUCGAUUGUUAAAGAACGGUCUCCAACGGAUUCAGUUCUUCCUAUAAGACAUUGUUAAUUGACAUGCCGAGGGGCUUUUACGUUAACUUUUCUUUUUUGCACUGUUGUGGAAUUAAGUCGAGUACUAGGCUUUGUGUUUGCCCUGUAAUAACUCCUCGCGGAAUGUUGUCAUAAACAUGAACGUCAUAUCUUUGCUGUGCAAAAGAAAAACAACCUAAUGUAUUUAGAUGUACAAAGUCAGAUUCAUGAGUAUAUACAUAUUUGUUAUUUUUUUGAAGAAGAGAAACGGUUUAUGUCAACCUCACAAAAUGACAAAUAAAAAACGAAAUGAGAAAUAUAA